AUGCCCUCAGUGUCUGUGAGUUCGAAAGUGGUCCAGAAGGCUCUGACGGCGGCCAAAUGCGGGGACCUGAAAGUUCUGGAGACCAUAGGCAAAGCGCGAUCUUUGCAUGACAGUGUCGUCGAUGAUUACGGUGCUAGCUGUGUCCAUUAUGGUGCCAGGAGCAAUAACGUGGCCGUUUUAGAACUCCUCGUCUGUCGUCUGGGGCUGAGCGCCAGCAAGAGGACCUGCGUAGGGGCCACUCCCUUACAUGAUGCGGCAGCCAGCGGUUCCUUACAUACCCUCAGAUGGCUACUAGGAGAGGCUGGAGCCCAGGUGGACGAAGAGGACGACUUCGGACUGACCGCUGUCCACCUAGCUGCCAAGUAUGGUCACAGUUAUGUCCUCAACUGGUUGUUGGAGGAGACAUGUUGCGACAUCAUGAAACGGAGUACCAGUGGAGCUCUUCCUUUGCAUUUUGCUGUGGUUGGCGGAUGCCUACAAGCUGUCAAACUUCUCAUUAAAGAAGCACCACGGUUUUUAUCUAUCUAUCUCGUGUUCUUUAUCUAUCUAUCUAUCUCGGGUUCUUUAUCUAUCUAUCUAUCUAUCUAUCUAUCUAUCUAUCUAUCUAUCUAUCUAUCUAUCUAUCUAUCUCGGGUUCUUUAUCUAUCUAUCUAUCUAUCUAUCUAUCUAUCUAUCUAUCUAUCUAUCUAUAAUUGUGUAUUAUUAAUAAAUCCCUAUAUCUUACCAACUUACCUAAAGCACAAAAAUGACUGUGCAAGAAGAGAGAAAACGUCGCCAUCGCUGAUUUAUUUGACGAAAAUGUGA